GUCACUCGGGGCAAAAGCGAGGCGCGCUCUCGCUGUGGCCCGGGCGGAGUUCACUGUCCGCUUUCCGAACCCGUCUGCCCUUUCCAGCUUCCCUGCAACUCCCGGGUCCGGCCCAUUUGGAGGAGGGGGUCAAGGGCCGGGCCUAGGGGCCUCGCGCGUGUCCGGGCAGGCUCGGCGCGCUGGCCCCGGGCUGCCGCGCGAGGGGCGCGGUGUGAGGGCCCGGGGCGGCGCGCGAGGGCUGCAGGAAGCGGGGGCGGCAGCGGCUCGGCCCCGGCUCCGUUGGGGUAGAGACACCCGGAAACGGAUUCCGUUUUGGUGGCGGCGCGAGCCGCGCGCCUCGGAGGGGACGGGCGGGCGGCUGCUGAGUAAUCCCCGCGGCGGCUGGAGGCGGCGGCCUGGGCGCCCACAUCCCCCGCCGCGCUGCAGCUGGACCCGGGCUCCUCCCUCCGCGCCCCGCCCGCCGCGCCCCUCCCCCGCGCCCGCUCCGGCGCGCUCCGGGCAGGUAGAGCCGGGCUCCGGGCGCGCGCGGGGGCCGCAGCAGCUGCUACCCCACCUCGCCUCGGCCCUGCGCAGAGCCUCGCGCGCCCAUGGCUGGCUCGGAGCAGCAGCGGCCGCGGCGGCGGGACGACGGAGACUCGGCGGCGGCGCCCCUGCAGGACGCGGAGCUGGCCCUCGCCGGCAUCAACAUGCUGCUCAACAACGGCUUUAGGGAGUCGGACCAGCUUUUCAAACAAUACAGAAAUCGUAGCCCAUUAAUGAGUUUUGGAGCCAGCUUUGUCAGUUUUUUGAAUGCCAUGAUGACAUUUGAGGAAGAAAAAAUGCAGUUGGCAUGUGAUGACUUAAAAACCACAGAAAAGCUGUGUGAAAGUGAAGAGGUUGGAGUCAUUGAAACAAUCAAGAAUAAAAUUAAGAAGAAUGUUGAUGUCCGAAAAUCCACCCCCUCUAUGGUUGACCGGCUUCAGAGGCAGAUAAUCAUAGCUGACUGUCAAGUUUACUUGGCUGUGCUCUCGUUUGUAAAGCAAGAAUUGUCAGCAUAUAUAAAAGGUGGGUGGAUCCUUAGGAAAGCCUGGAAGAUUUACAAUAAAUGCUAUUUGGACAUCAAUGCCCUCCAGGAGCUGUAUCAGAAGAAGCUAACGGAAGAGCCCUUGACUUCUGACGCUGCAAAUGAUAAUCACAUUGUGGCUGAAGGGGUGUCUGAGGAGUCUCUAAACAGACUGAAAGGUGCUGUGAGCUUUGGAUAUGGCCUUUUUCACCUUUGCAUAUCCAUGGUGCCCCCAAACCUGCUCAAAAUCAUCAACCUGCUGGGUUUUCCUGGAGACCGCCUACAGGGGCUUUCUUCACUGAUGUAUGCAAGCGAAAGUAAGGACAUGAAGGCCCCUUUAGCUACAUUAGCGCUGCUCUGGUAUCAUACUGUGGUCCGCCCGUUUUUUGCCCUGGAUGGCAGUGAUAACAAAGCAGGCCUGGAUGAAGCGAAGGAAAUUCUUCUCAAAAAAGAAGCUGCUUAUCCAAAUUCUUCCCUCUUUAUGUUUUUCAAGGGACGCAUACAACGAUUAGAGUGUCAAAUCAACAGUGCCUUGACUUCCUUCCAUACUGCUCUGGAACUUGCAGUAGACCAGAGGGAAAUCCAACACGUGUGUCUGUAUGAAAUUGGUUGGUGCAGCAUGAUAGAGCUGAAUUUCAAGGAUGCGUUUGACUCCUUUGAGAGGCUAAAAAACGAGUCCCGGUGGUCCCAGUGCUAUUACGCCUAUUUAACCGCAGUUUGUCAGGGAGCCACCGGUGAUGUGGACGGGGCACAGAUUGUCUUUAAAGAAGUUCAGAAACUCUUCAAAAGGAAGAACAAUCAGAUUGAACAGUUCUCAGUGAAAAAGGCAGAGAGGUUUCGGAAACAAACCCCAACCAAAGCGCUGUGCGUGCUGGCGUCCAUUGAAGUGUUGUACUUGUGGAAAGCCCUCCCCAACUGCUCCCUCCCCAACCUACAGAGGAUGAGUCAAGGGGACACGGGUUCGAGCCCUGGUCCAGGAAGAUCCCACAUGCCGCGGAGCAGCUAAGCCCGUGCACCACAACUACUGAGCCUGCGCUCUAGAGCCCGAGAGCCACAACUACUGAGCCCGUGUGCCACAACUACUGAAGCUUGCAUGCCUAGAGCCUGUGCUCCGCAACAAGAGAAGCCACCGCAGUGAGAAGCCCGCACACCGCAACAGAGUAGCCCUGCUCGCAGCAGCUAGAGAAAGCCCGCGUGCAGCAACGAAGACCCAAUGCAGCCAAAAAUAAAUAAAAUAAAAAUAAAUAAAUUUUUUAAAAAAGAAAUACUGUAACAUUUCUUCUAAAGAUAUGAUGGCAGACAUUUGAAUGAUAUUUUAUAGUCUGGCAGAUUAUUUCCUUUGCUCUUCACUGGAACCCAGGGAAGUAGAAAAGGUGGACAGCAUUGUGCCCGUUUUAUAAUGAGGAAGGCGAGACUCGGAACAGGUGACUUGCCCAGCUCCCAUAGGACCAAGUGUCUCUGCUGCUGGUCUGAGGAUGGCACAUUGACUAGCAAAGCUUUCAGCUCUCUACACACAGCUUCAUCUUCCUGGGAGCAUGAAGAUAUUUAAACCAUGCAGCUGGAAAAAUGAUUACAUGGUGAGAGUGCUGUGUUAAAACACAGGGACUUCCUGGUGGCGCAGUGGUUAAGAAUCCACCUGCCAAUGCAGGGGACACGGGCUCGAGCCCUGGUCCGGGAAGAUCCCACAUGCCGCGGAGCAGCUAAGCCCGUGCGCCACAACUACUGAGCCUGUGCUCUAGAGCCCGCGAGCCACAACUACUGAAGCCCGUGUGCCUAGAGCCCAUGCUCCGCAGCAAGAGAAGCCACUGCAAUGAGAAGCCCACGCACCGCAACGAAGAGUAGUCCCCUCUCGCCGUAACUGGAGAAAGCCCACGUGCAGCAACAAAGACCCAACAUGGCCAAAAAUAAAUAAAUAAAUUAAUUAAUUAAAAAAACCAAACACACACACAUACAGUUAUCCCUGUGUAUCUGUGGGGGAUUGGUUCCAGGACCCCCUACACAUACCAAAAUCCACGCAUGUGCAAGUCCCUCAUAUAAAAUGGUGUAGUAUUUGCAUAUAAGCUACGUGCACUUUUCCAUGUUUACUUUAACUCAUCUCCAGAUUACCUGUAAUACCUGAUAUGAUGUAAAUGCUAUAUAUGUAGUUGCAAAUACAAUGUAAAUAGUAUGUAAUUAGUUGCUUUGUGGAAUUUUUUUUUUUCCCAGAAUAUUUUCGAUCCACAGUUGGUUGCAUCCGUGAAUGCAGAACCCGUGGGUAUGAAAUGCCACUGACUGUUCAUCCAGAAAGAUGGUUUUAUAGAAAGCAGUUACCUUUGGAAAUGUAGUCUUAGUCACAUAUAUGCUGCUCUUUUCCAAAAGUGAUUUAGUAUUAAUAUUUUGGACUUAUUCAAAACUAAUGGCUGUAUAAAAUUUGUCAGAUUUCUUUGUAGUCACACUUGUUUUUGAUCAAAUGUAGCGUUUUCCCUUGAAUCACAUACUUUUAUCAUCAGAAUUCCCUGCAGAUGCCUGUUGCUUAUUUUAAAAAAAAAAAAGUUCCCUCUCAAAGGUCAAAAAAUUGGUCAGUGUUGAUAUUCUAGAGCAAAGUAAUGCAACUCCAGAAGAAGUUGUGCGCAAAGGCCCUGUAAUUAGGGUGUGUAACCCUCCUAAGGGAAUUACUUGAAAGGAAACAGAAUUUUCUCGGAUGUUCAAGUUCUGCUCUGUUUAAAAAGAUUCAUAAUUUUAAACCCAUCCCUGGUUGUUGAUGCAAGUCUGGAAUAUAAACCAAUGUCUAACUCAAAAGACCAGUAAGGAAUUUUAGGUAUUCUUUUUUUUUUUAAAUACAUUUAUUUAUUUAUUUUAUUUAUUCAUUUUUUUAGUUUUUGGCUGCAUUGGGUCUUCAUUGCUGCUCGCGGGCUUUCUCUAGUUGCGGCCAGCGGGGGCUACUCUUCGUUGCGGUGCACGGGCUCUAGGUGUGUGGCCUUCAGUAGUUGUGGCAUGCAGGCUCAGUAGUUGCGGUUUGCAGGCUCUAGAGCACAGGCUCAGUAGUUGUGGCGCAUGGGCUUAGUUGCUCUGCAGCAUAUGGGAUCUUCCCAGACCAGGGCUCGAGCCCGUGUCCCCUGCAUUGGCAGGUGGAUUCUUAACCACUGCACCACCAGGGAAGCCCCUUAGGUAUUCUUUUUAAUGCACAAGUGCAGGAUCAUGUGUUUAGAGAUAAUUAAAACAGACAUGCAAAUAUAAAAUGGUAACUGGCAGGCACAAGAACGAUCAUCACUUAAUGUGACUAAAUAUUCUCUGAGCUCCUUUCCAGCUGUCAAAAUAGACAACAACGAUGUGGCCCUGGGGAGGGAGGUGGGCUCUGGAGUGAAUAUGAGAUAAUUCUCUAAUAUUUUUGCUAAAAAUCCAGUUAAGAGAGCUGUUAAUUAGAUUAUCUCAUUCUCCAGUGUUAAGCAGUAAUGAUCCAAAUCGACUCAGUCAUAUAGAAAACAGGUGAAGAUCUUUGUAGAGAAAUAGUUAAGUUCCAGGAGAAAAAAAGCCACCUGAUUGUGGGUGAUAGAGGUCAUCUGCAUUGAUUACACUCUUCCCAUCAGGCCCACACAGCUUUGUGCGCUCAGCUUAUCACAGUCCCUGUCUGUGACUCCCUGCAUCAGCAGAGCUAGCUGGAUUUUUAUAUCCUUGUCUUGUAAUUUCAUUCAUUCCCUUCCUCACCCACCUGCCCAUCUCCACUGCAUUCUUCCUCUGCGUUUUAAGGAUGUUACCAUGUAUUCUCAGCACAGCCGUCAGAGUGCACCUAUUAAAACCUAAGUCAUGUGGUGGUGGUUCACUUCUGAGACCUUCUGUGGCCUCAUCUUAUUCAAAGUAAAAGUCUGGAUCCAUCGAGUGGCCUAUGGUCUGUACACACGCCCCCACUGCCAUUGCCUCUCACCACGCUUCCCCCCGCUCACCAGGCUCCAGCCGCACUCCUUACUGAUCUUGAACACACCAGGCACGUGCAGCCCUUAGUGCCUUUGCACUUGCUGUUCUCUGCCUUCAAAAGCUCUUCCCACAAAUAUCCACAUGGCUCCUUCACUCAUUUUCUUCACGUCUUUACCCACCUGUGGCUUUUUCAAUGGGCCUUAACCUGUACCUUUCCGACACACAUGCAUACUGCUAUCCCCUUUCCUGGCUUUAUUUUUUACCUUAGUGUGUACACUUCCUUAAUACACUUAUUUUACCUGUCUUUUGUGUUAUCUCUCUCCUCCACAAAAUGUUAGUUUCCUAAGGGCAGGAAUUUUUUUCUCUUUGGUCACUGCUGUCAUAUAGUAGUUGCUCAAUAAAUAUUGAAUGAAUGAGUAGAAUUAGUGAAUGAAUGAGGGGAUGAAUGAAGUACAUUCCCCUUUCCUUAACACUGCCACUGCCUUAAUAUCUUUUGAGCACUUUUUCUGUGGAGGUAUUUUCAGCCUAGGUUUUUGAGGCACCUCCUGCUUCUAUAGGUUUAGACUCUUCUUCACAUUUACCUCUUUGUCACUCUACCCAGCUCUUCCAAUAACUUCCAAAACUUUUUCUGGAACCUUGAGCGCUCUCUCUCUCCCUCCCUCCCUCCCUCUCUCUGUCUCUCUCUCUCUGUCUCUCUCUCUCUCUCUCUCUCUCUCUCUCUAUAUCUACAUAUAUACAUACAUACAUAUAUAUCACACAUAUGUACAUAUAUACAUGUACAUGCAUUUAUGUGUGAUAUACAUUGUGUAUGUGUGUACAUAUAUAUUGUAUGUGUAUGUUUCUAUAAAAUCUUUUCAAAUCUCAGUAUCUUUAUUGGUUCAUAGAAAUAAUUACUAUUUUUCCUCUUGUAUUAGCUCCACUAUGUUUCCAAUUUCCACUCUUUUCAUUUCCUUGGAAAACUUCCAUGUUAUCCUCCCAACAUGUGUGCCCAUCCUCCGCAGUAGAUGGCAAGCUUCUCGAGGUGGAGGGAUCAAGUCUGAUGCCCUCUCAGAGACUGGUGCAGUACCUCCUACAAACAUGUGAAGGUGCUCAUGGCAUGGUUUUUUGAAUUAAUAUGAUGCAAUUGAAAGAUACCAAUAGACUUUAUUUUUCAGAGCAGUUUUAGAUUCAAGCAAAAUUGGACAGAAAGGACAGAGAGUUCCUACACACCUCAAACCUCCCCCCCGCCAUGUGUACCCACACAGCCUCUCCAACCAUUAACAUCCCCCCUGUUGCGGUGCAUUCGUUACAGCUGAUGAAGCAACACUGGCACAGCAUUAUCGCCGGAAGUCUGUAAUUUACAUUAGAGUGUAUGCUUUGUUUCGUACAUUCUGUGGGAUCUGACAAAUGUAUCAUGACAUGUAUCCACUCUUACAGAUAGUAUGAUACAGAAUAGUUUCACUGGCCUGAAAAUCCCCUGUGCUCUACCUUCCAGACCUCUGGCAACUCACCACAGUUUUGCCUUUUCCGGAACGUCAUGUAGUUGCAGUUGUACAGUAUGCAGCCUUUUCACAUUGGCUUCUUUGACCUAGUAAUAAUAUGAUGCAAUUUUGAGCCUUCUUGGCACCAUGAAGUUUGAUAUCUUUGUCUUUCUUUGACUAAGGAUACUCACUAAUGGAUGAGGAAGGGAAACCUUCUCAGUUUGAACUUGAAUACGUUGCUAAACAAUGAAAUGCUUAACUCUUGAUGGUAUUUAAGGAAUUAAGUGAACGUAUUUCCUUCCUGCUGUUUUCGCUU